CCUUCCCUACCCAGGAGCUGGCGGUAGCGCGCUGGCUUCCUCAGAAGGGGAGGCGGGUGGCGGCGCCCGGGAUGGAAGCGCCCGCGACGGUCACUUGAGCCGCUUCCCACCCCCGCCGCGAAUGGAGUCUCCCGCCCGCAGGAACAGCGCUGCGGGGAGCCGCGCGGCCCGCUGAGACACGCCUUCCCGGGGCCGCCCCGGUCCCCCGAGAGCCACCAGAAGGGCGGAUCUGCUUGGGUUUUUAAUCCAGAGCUUCAGCACCGUGGUUGAUGGAGAUGGAGAAAAUGGCAUCUUGUGGCUGAAAGAGGUGGAAGAGGCUGAUUGGAGAGUCUCUAGGAAGAUGGCUUCUCCCUGGCUAGGCCAGAAAUCUUUUGGUUCAGAGGCUGUAGCCAUGAAUAAUAAAGGCUUUCGGCGAGGGAGUUUCCAGAGCAGCACCAGUGAUGAAGACAUGGUGGAGAUAGCAGGAGGAGCUCUGGAUUUCUCCAUCACAGAUGAUGAUCCCCCGCUGGAUAGAGAGAUGUUGGGAGGAUUCUCCUUAUAUAAUGGAGGAGGGAUGAAUGGCACAAGCCAGAUGAUGGAUUUUCUGGAGGAACCUCUGCCUGGUGUGGGUACCUAUGAAGAUUUCAAUACUAUCGACUGGGUGAGAGAGAAGUCCAGAGACCGGGACAGGCACAGAGAGAUUGCUAGUAAAAGUAAAGAGUCAACGUGGGCCCUGAUUCACAGUGUGAGCGAUGCCUUUUCUGGUUGGCUGUUGAUGCUCUUCAUAGGGCUGUUAGCAGGUUCUCUAGCUGGUCUGAUAGACAUCUCUGCUCAUUGGAUGACAGAUUUGAAAGAAGGACUGUGUAUGUCAGGCUUCUGGUUUAACCAUGAACACUGCUGCUGGAAUUCCAAUGAGGCAACCUUUGAGGAUAGGGAUAAGUGCCCAGAGUGGGAGAGCUGGUCGCAGCUUAUAAUUGGCCAUGGAGAGGGGGCAUUUGCAUACAUUCUCAAUUACUUCAUGUAUGUUCUUUGGGCCCUGGUAUUCUCUCUCCUUGCAGUGUUGCUGGUCAGGGGAUUUGCACCUUAUGCUUGUGGCUCAGGAAUCCCAGAGAUCAAAACCAUCUUGAGUGGUUUCAUCAUUAGAGGCUAUUUGGGCAAGUGGACCCUGAUAAUCAAAACAGUUACCUUGGUGUUGGCAGUAUCGUCUGGCUUGAGUUUGGGGAAAGAGGGCCCCUUGGUGCAUGUAGCUUGCUGUUGUGGAAACAUCUUGUGUCAUCUUUUCACCAAAUACAGGAAAAAUGAGGCCAAACGUAGAGAGGUUUUGUCAGCUGCUGCAGCCGCUGGCGUGUCCGUAGCUUUUGGUGCACCAAUUGGAGGGGUAUUGUUUAGUCUGGAAGAGGUGAGUUAUUAUUUUCCCCUCAAGACACUGUGGAGAUCUUUCUUUGCCGCCCUGGUAGCAGCGUUCACCCUGCGCUCCAUCAACCCGUUUGGAAACAGCCGUCUGGUUCUGUUUUACGUGGAGUUUCACACACCGUGGCAUCUUCUGGAGCUCGUGCCAUUCAUCCUUUUGGGAAUCUUUGGUGGUCUUUGGGGAUCUUUCUUUAUUCGCAGCAACAUUGCCUGGUGCAGAAGACGUAAGACAACCAAACUUGGCAAGUAUCCUGUGCUGGAAGUGCUUAUUGUGACUGCCAUCACAGCUGUUCUGGCUUUCCCCAAUGAGUAUACCCGUAUGAGCACCAGUGAGCUGAUUUCUGAGCUGUUCAAUGACUGUGGGCUCCUGGAUUUCUCCAAGCUCUGCGAGUACGUGAAUGACUUCAACAGCACCAAAGGAGAUAAUCUGCCAGACCGAGCCGCUGGCCCAGGAGUCUACACAGCUAUGUGGCAGCUGGCUUUGGCCCUUAUCCUAAAAGUCUUCAUUACCAUAUUCACUUUUGGCAUGAAGGUCCCUUCGGGUCUCUUCAUUCCCAGCAUGGCAGUUGGUGCCAUAGUAGGCAGACUGCUAGGUGUAGGAAUGGAGCAGCUGGCUUACUAUCACCAUGACUGGACUAUCUUCAGUGGCUGGUGCAGUCAAGGGGCUGAUUGCAUCACUCCUGGCCUUUAUGCAAUGGUUGGUGCUGCAGCAUGUCUAGGUGGAGUAACCCGUAUGACUGUGUCGCUGGUGGUCAUUAUGUUUGAGCUUACUGGUGGACUGGAAUACAUUGUUCCUCUAAUGGCUGCAGCCAUGACUAGCAAGUGGGUGGCAGAUGCGAUUGGACGGGAGGGCAUCUAUGACGCCCAUAUUCGUCUCAAUGGCUACCCCUUCCUAGAAGCCAAGGAGGAGUUCUCACACAAGACUCUCGCCAUGGACGUAAUGAGGCCCCGGCGGAAUGACCCUGUUCUGACUGUCAUCACACAGGACAGCAUGAUGGUAGAGGAUGUAGAGGCCAUAAUCAAUGAAACCACUUACAGCGGCUAUCCGGUGGUGGUGUCCUGGGAGUCCCAGAGGCUGGUCGGAUUUGUCCUCCGGCGAGAUCUCAUCAUUUCAAUUGAAAAUGCCCGGAAGAAGCAGGAUGGAAUUGUGAGCACUUCAAUUAUUUAUUUCACUGACCACUCUCCUCCACUGCCUCCGAGUUCCCCAUCCAUGCUCAAACUCAGGAGCAUCCUGGACCUCAGUCCAUUCACGGUGACAGACCAGACGCCCAUGGAGAUAGUUGUGGAUAUAUUCCGCAAGCUGGGACUGCGCCAGUGCCUUGUCACUCACAACGGGAAACUACUUGGGAUCAUUACCAAAAAGGAUGUAUUAAAGCACAUUGCUCAGAUGGCUAAUCAAGACCCAGAUUCCAUACUCUUCAAUUAAAAACAGACUAAUAAGUGUUGGUGUUUAACACAAAAAUGAAACUUUAUAAAAGACCGUGAUCUUCUAUUUUUAUUAAGAAACUGGAGCUAUCUUCAGAGUUUUCCUGUAUGGAGCAGAAGAUCAUCAUGUUUUUUCUACAAAAUAACCAAUUGCACUACGUAAUCUGUGGAAAUUAAUCUUCUCUUUAGAAGAAAAGACUUUAUUAUAAUGCUUUUGUGAAGUUGCAUUGGAAAGAUUCCAUGAAGGAGUAAAAGCAAAAUGCUACAGAAUUAAAUCUGUUCCCUUAUUUUAUUUGAACUUUGAUAACUAAUGUUGGGAGGGGAAGAAAAGACUAUCUAGUUUUAAGUCUUCAAAAGCCAUGGAGGAGAAGGAUGACUUUUGCACAUAGCACUAAGAUGCCUGAGAAUGAGAUUAUCAUAACUAAGGGCCACAAUUCCCAGACAGUUGCUUGGUGAAAACACAAAUUUGAUCCUUUUUUUAGGUUUCUAAAACAAUCGGCAAAAUGUAAAGGGGGCUUUUUGAGUUCUAUAUUUGAACCCAAGGUGAAUCUACAUAUUCCUGCAUGCAGUGUCCAGCUAAAUGAGGACUUGUUUUGGAAGCUCUGCUUCUAAUCAGAAUGAAGCUUCAUUUUAGUCUUCUCUGAAUGUAUUAAGUUACCCUCGUUAAAAGUACCCAAAGGGAGAACAGAAGGGCUCACUGGUUAUAUUCUUGCAACUCUCCCCUUGUUGGCUAAGACCAAGGAUUUCUCCUUCUCUAUAAUGAGCAAUGAAAGGGUUAAGACAGAAUCCUAAGUUAUUGCCCAAGUUUUGCUGCACUUCUUCCAAAUGAUCCCUGAUCAUGUUACAGAUAUUGCACAACUGACCUCUUUCUUAAUCAGCAGUGUCUUUAUGUUGAAGGGUAUGUCUAUUUUAUUGGAGUUUCCAAGAUCCAUAAUGUUUACAUGUAUGCAUAUUCUGUUCCCUUUUCCAUGCCCUUUACUGUGCCGAACUCAGGAUGGAAUCCUGUCUCUGGGAAUGAGUAACACUGCCACUUUAUGCACAUUCUCCAUCUGCUGUCUGUUUUAUUACCACCAACUAUGCAAUAAAAAACCCUUCCUGUUCACUCCAGCAGGAUAAUUUA